UUGUUCUUUCAUCAUCAUAUAAGACAAAUCAAACGCUACAAUAGAAAGUCCAAUUUCAAGCUUAAUACAAUAUUCUCUGUUUUCUUCAAUUAAAAAAUAAAGAGUAAAGAAAAUGUCUUUAAUUCCAAGCUUUUUUGGUGGUCGUAGGAGCAACGUCUUUGACCCAUUUUCUCUCGACGUAUGGGAUCCCUUUGAGGGCUUCCCAACUUCAAACACCAUCGCAAAUUUCCCAUCAUUUGCUCGUGAAACUUCUGCUCUUGCAAAUGCAAGAAUCGAUUGGAAAGAAACCCCACAAGCCCACAUUUUCAAAGUGGACGUUCCAGGGAUAAAGAAAGAGGAAGUGAAAGUUGAAGUAGAAGAAGGAAGAAUAUUACAGAUAAGUGGUGAGAGAAGCAGAGAGCAAGAAGAGAAGAACGAUCAAUGGCACCGUAUGGAGAGGAGUAGUGGCAAGUUUUUAAGAAGAUUCAGGUUGCCUGAGAAUGUUAAAAUGGGAGAAAUUAAGGCAGCAAUGGAGAAUGGAGUGCUUACUGUGACUGUUCCGAAAGAAGAAGAGAAGAAACCUGGAGUGAAGGCUAUUAAUAUCUCUGGUUAAAAUUAUCAACUACCAAGUGCUUUUUGGAAGUUCUAGUCUAAUAAUGUAUGUGUGUUUUGUGGAGUCUUUGGUUGUUUAGGGAGUUUAAAGCUUUUAAUUUGAAUUUAUAUGUAUGUAUAAUUGUCUACUCGUGGUUGUUGGUCUUCUUCUACAUCUUGUUGUAAUGAUCAAGAGAUUAAUAUAGUGAGUGAGUUUAAUUUCA